AUACAAACGCUCGACUAUCUGCUGACGUUCAACAAACAAACAAAGUGCUAAUUUCAAGAAAAUAUAGGGAUGUGGCUGUAUAUAUGUGGCUUCAUGUUGUCCAAACAUUUUUGGAACUUACAGAUUUUUGUACUUACUGUAUUUGCAACUUAGCUUCAAACACUCUGUUAUGAUAAUGGCAAUAACAAGUUGUUCACCAAUUGCUAUAUCCAAAUUAUAUUUCCCUUUUUCAUUUUCACAAACCAUAAACAAGAAAAUCUCAAUUAAUUCAAUUCCUUUUUGUAGCAAAAAAUAUGUUACUAAAAAGUUGUUCUUUUCUAUCAAGAAUCCAAAAUCUUGUGUGUAUGUAUCAAAUUCACUUGUAAAUGAUUGUUCAAUUGAUGAAACAUCUAAAGAAAACAACUCCCAAGUUUCAUUAAAUGUCAGUACCAGUACGUGGAACUGGAGGGGCUAUUCCAUCCGAUACCAGUAUUGUGGCAACAGUGGCCCUGCGCUCGUUUUAGUCCAUGGUUUUGGAGCAAACAGCGACCACUGGAGAAAAAAUCUGCCCGUUCUUGCACAGUCACAUCGGGUGUUCUCUAUUGACCUUAUUGGUUAUGGAUAUUCAGACAAACCGAAUCCUCGUGAGCUUGGUGUAGACAACUUUUAUACAUUUGAAACAUGGGGCUGCCAGCUAAACGAUUUUUGUAAGGAUGUCGUCAGAGAUAAAGCCUUCUUCAUUUGCAAUUCCAUUGGAGGACUUGUUGGUCUUCAGGCUGCAGUUUUGGAACCACAACUCUGUCGAGGCAUUCUUCUUUUAAAUAUCUCUCUCCGAAUGCUGCAUAUAACGAAGCAGCCUUGGUUUGCUAAAUCACUGAUUAAAGCAUUUCAGAAUUUAUUGAGAAAUACUGCCCUCGGGAAAUUCUUUUUCAAAAGUGUCGCUACUCCAGAAUCAGUGAAGAACAUUCUGCGUCAGUGCUAUUAUGACACAUCCCAAGUGACGGACGAGUUAGUUCAGUCCAUUCUUCUUCCAGGGCUUGAGCCGGGAGCUGUCGAUGUGUUUCUCGAGUUCAUUUGCUACUCAGCGGGGCCUCUACCCGAGGAACUACUACCUCAAGUGAAGUGUCCUGUUCUGGUGGCAUGGGGUGACAAAGAUCCUUGGGAGCCAAUAGAGCUUGGUAGAGCCUAUGGCAAAUUUGAUACAGUUGAAGAUUUCGUCGUCCUCCCUGACGUUGGCCAUUGUCCUCAGGACGAGGCGCCUCAUCUUGUGAACCCACUCGUGGAAUCAUUUGUUGCCCGGCAUGCCAACUGAGUCGCGGUGAGCAUGCCGUCUUGUUGUUUUCGCGUCCAACGAAAGUUGCUAGCUAGUUGAGAAGGACUGAAAAAAAGUAUAUGGGAGAACAAGAAGGAAAUAUGCAAUUUGAUUACUUUUGACUCUUAUUUGAAGAGACUAUCAUUCUUUAUACCACCCCUUCUUUGUAGUAACGUCGCUACAUAGAUUGAAAGGCGGUUUGAACAUCGGUUUGAACAUCCGUCAUCGGAAAAAUUAUAUGUAUACAAAAAACAGUACUAUUUCGUAUAUAGGUACAAAUUACUUCUA